AAGAAACAAAGACCAACUGUUUUGGAUUACAUGAAGGCCACUUUGCCCAUUUUCUUCUGUUUUUUGGGGGGGGAAAACACAAUCGAUUCACUCGCUUCAGGUGAUUUGUUGUCGCACAACACGUCGAAAUUCUUGAUUCAAUUUAAGUUGAAGUAAUGGCGCUCGCCUUUAAAAACAAAACUGCGAACUUGUCUUUUUUUUUUUCUUCGCCUCUGACUGACUUUGUGUCCUUUUUUUGCGGGUUUUAAUCGACCGUGUCGUGUAAAGCAAACACAGCCCUGUUGUGACACGUGCUCGAGAAGCAAGAAUUGAGUGUUGUGCGCAUGCGCAGAUCGCUCUCUCGGCCACUUUGGCCCACCAGCGGCUAGCGAGAGGCGACAGCCAGGAUGGAGUUCGACGAGUCCGGUAUCGGGGAGGAGUGCGGGGUGUUUGGGUGCGUGGCGGCCGGAGAGUGGCCUACGCAGCUGGAGGUGGCUCAGGUGCUCACCCUGGGACUUGUGGCGUUGCAGCACAGAGGUCAGGAAAGUGCCGGUGUUGUCACAAGUGAUGGAGCCACUCCCCCGACAUACACAACCCUCAAGGGCAUGGGCUUGGUGAGCACCGCUUUCUCCCCCGAGGCGCUCCUCAAGCUGCGCUACGGCAACCUCGGCAUCUGUCACACGCGCUACUCCACCACUGGCAUGUCAGAGCUGCAGAACUGCCAACCCUUUGUGGUGGACACGCUGCACGGCCAGAUAGCGGUGGCGCACAACGGAGAGCUGGUCAACGCGCACGCCCUGCGGAAAAAGGUGAUGCGUCACGGCGUGGGCCUGUCCACCAGCUCUGACAGCGAGCUCAUCACCCAGCUGCUGGCCUUCACUCCUCCUUUGGAGGAGCUGGACUCACCCAACUGGGUGGCCAGGAUUAAAAAUCUGAUGACGGAGACGCUGACGUCGUACUCGCUGCUGGUGAUGUUCAAAGACGUCAUUUACGCCGUGCGGGACCCCUACGGGAACAGACCCCUUUGCAUCGGACGUGUGGUUCCCAUCUCCAAACUGCACAACUCGGGUGGGGGUGAGGCGGACACCGAGGGCUGGGUCGUGUCCUCUGAGUCCUGCAGCUUCCAGUCCAUCGGCGCCAAGUAUUACAGGGAGGUCCUCCCGGGAGAGAUUGUCCAGAUAUCCCGACACGGAGUCAAGUCUUUGAGCGUAGUGCCUCGUCGCGAGGGGGACCUCCCUGCCUUCUGCAUAUUUGAAUAUGUAUACUUUGCCAGACCUGACUCCAUUUUUGAAGGACAGAUGGUCUAUACCGUCAGACAGCGCUGUGGUCGACAGUUGGCCAUCGAGGCGCCCACGGACGCAGACGUGGUCAGCACCGUACCAGAGUCGGCAACGCCCGCCGCACUGGGUUAUGCCCAGCAGUCUGGCAUGCCCUACAUUGAAGUUUUGUGUAAGAACCGCUACGUCGGGAGAACCUUCAUCCAGCCCAACACCCGCCUGAGGCAGUUGGGCGUCGCCAAGAAGUUUGGCGCCUUGACGGACAACUUUGCCGGCAAGCGGGUGGUGCUGGUCGACGACUCCAUCGUCAGGGGCAACACCAUCUCACCUAUCAUUAAACUACUGAAGGAGGCGGGCGCGACCGAGGUCCACAUCAGAGUGGCUUCUCCUCCAAUCAAGUUCCCCUGUUACAUGGGCAUCAACAUCCCCACUAAAGAGGAACUCAUCGCCAACAAGCCGGAAUUCCAAGACAUCGCCGAUUACAUCGGUGCCAACAGCGUGCAGUACCUGACCGUAGAGGGGCUGGUGACAGCGGUCCAGAAAGGAAUCUCCUCCCUGCAGGGCAGCGAAAUGAUCGACUCCACAUACAAGUCGGGUGGGAGGGUGGGACACUGCACCGCAUGUCUGACCGGCAAGUACCCGGUGGAACUGGAGUGGUAAACUGGUGGGCGAGUCUGGUUACAUUUGGCACUCCAUCCUGCAAUUAAAAACUUUGUCCUUGUUACACAGCAGCUGAGUGCUUCUACUGACCUCUAGUGGUUGGAUUCUUUUGCCUUAUGUAAAUAUACCAUUAGAACAUUUUAGUUUGCUCCGUUUUAUAUGACCAGACUUACAUUUAUUAUGCAUAAAAAACACGCACACACAAACCAGCAACCAAAGAUUAUUGUUAUUAUUUUUUUUUAGACUAUCUGAGUUUUGUACUAAAUCGAGGGACCGUGUACAACGUCCCGGUGGUUCUGAAUAUGUUGCAUUAACAUGCUGUUUUGUUACACACGAAAAAAAUAAACACUGACUGAAUUCAU